AUGGACCCACAAAAAUAUAAAGCAUUUGCCACUCAGUACAGAGCAAUGAAUCCUGAAGCUGAUGAUGCAACGAUUGUUGAUAGGUUUCAAGAACAAGAUCUUCUCAGUGAAUCUGACUUUCUCAAGCUCUGCCCACCUCCUCUUAGCUACAUUAACAGAGCCAGAAGUACUGGAACCACAAACUCUAUGUAUGCCUGCAUGCCAAAGUCUGUCAUUACAUGGGAUGACUUUGAGGACAAUGUAAAUAAUACCACCUGGGAUGGCACCCCAAAGUACUCCUGUCUGGAAUUUCAACAAUACCUAAGAAUAUGCAAUGAAGAGAGUGUGAGGGAAGCACUCAACCAAAAUGUAUUUCGUUUUCUCAAUAUUCUGCUGGAACAACAUGAAGUAUUUGAUCGCCAUGCUUCUUUAGAAAAUGUCAUAGGAGAGCCAGAUUUCAUACAGAAAGAUUUGAAUGUCCUGCAUCUCAUUAUUGAGGUAAAAACAAAGUGGGCUUUAUCUACAGAUGACCUGGUGACAAUGUAUGCCCAGAAUCUCGUUGAGCAUAUCACCUCUCCAAUAUCUGUUUACAAUCAACUGAAGCAGGUUUUUGGAUACCUUUCACACAACCAUCUCCAGUUCGGAGCUCUUACUACUUAUGAUAAAACUUGGUUUCUAUACAGACCUCUUGAAGAACCCAGUCAGCUCCAUGUCUCACCUGCCAUUCAAUAUAAUAAUCAACAGCCAACACUGUUCCAAUGUCUUUUCUAUCUCACCUCUCUGGCUCACAACAAGCAUAACUGCGAUUCUGCACCAUCAUUACCACUACCAUCACAGCCUCAUGAUGAUGAUCCAUCACCUGAUGAUGACAAUGGAGAUUCUUCCUAUGAUGAUGGUGGACAAAAUAAAAAACAAAAAUCAAGCAAGGAGAACACCAGAAGAAGAAAUCCCAAGAGAAACUGCAGAAAUAAGAUGGGAGACAAAGGAGGCAAGAGAAUAAAAACAAUUACUUGUCCAAGUCAUCCAUUGAAUGGAGAAGAAGAGCAUGUGCCCUUGGAAUUCUUUGACUGGGGAAGCUUCAGAGUACUCAACAUCCUUGGAAAGGGCCAUACUGGGACAGUGUUCAAGGCUAUUCUGCAUGGAGAGAUGGUGGCAUUAAAAAUAUGUGAUUUGUGGCAACAUCCAGACUAUGAAAAGGAAUUACUCAAUGAGGUCAAGGUAUAUAAUGCUUUGAAGGACCUGCAGGGAGAUUGCAUUCCAAGGUUCAAGGGUGCUGGAUACACUGCUGGUGGACUAUUUGCCAUUGCAACAGACAUUGUUGGUAGGCCCCUGGAGGAUGUGGAAAGCUUGAGUAAGCAGGAGCAUCUGGUGAUUCAAACAGCACUGGAAUCAAUCCAUCACCAUGGUUUUGUCCACAAUGACAUUUGUGAGGACAACAUUCUGAUUAAACACGAUGGCUGCCAAUUCUAUGCUUUUUUCAUUGAUUUUGCCUUCUCAAAGCAAGGCUGUCAACAUGACUUCCAGAAGGAGAUGAAGUCAUUGGCAAGGCUUCUCAGACAGUUGUAG